AGUACUGGACACGGGUACCGGCGGUGCCACCUUCACGUCGCACUACGCAGCCUCGCUUCAGAGUACAACAAACUGGUUGUGAGGAUAUAACUGGCAUGUUGGACGUAUAAAACCAAACAUUGUGAAAUGGGCAAAAAGGACAGAGGCGAUCGAGAUAAGAAGUCCAAAAAGCGCUUCUAUGAGGAAGAAGAUGAUGAAGAAGAGGCGGGGGGCAGUGAGUCUCAGGAAGCCAUCCCGGCUGCUGCAGGAAAACAAGUGGAUGAGUCCAGUACAAAGCUGGAUGAGUACGGAGCCAAAGACUACCGUGCCCAGAUGCUGCUGAAGAAUGAUCACUCGUCACGCCCCCUCUGGGUGGCCCCAGAUGGGCACAUCUUUCUCGAAGCCUUCUCACCAGUGUAUAAGUACGCCCAGGAUUUCUUGGUGGCCAUCGCGGAGCCAGUGUGCAGGCCUAACCAUGUCCACGAGUACAAGCUGACAGCCUAUUCCCUGUAUGCAGCUGUCAGUGUGGGGCUGCAGACCUCUGACAUUGUGGAGUAUCUGCAGAAACUCAGCAAGACAUCUGUACCUGAUGGGAUCGUGCAGUUCAUUCAGCUCUGCACAGUGAGCUACGGCAAAGUCAAGCUGGUGCUCAAGCACAACAGGUAUUUUGUUGAGAGCGCCUUCCCUGAUGUGAUCCAGCGGCUUCUGCAGGACAAUGUGAUCCGUGAAUGUCGUCUCCGCACUGCAGACGGGGCAGACACAGAGCUUAUUACUGAAGUCAUCCACAGCAAGUCUGCGAUCUCAAAGUCUGUUCAGGAUAAGGGAGGUACUUCUACCUCACAGCAGCCGGCCGAUGAGCAGACGUCGGCCCAGCAAGUUCCGGAUGACAUCUUCAGCUACUAUGAACAGAUGGAUAAAGAGGAGGAGGAGGAGGAAGAGACUCAGACUGUGUCCUUUGAGAUCCGCCAGGAGAUGAUUGAAGAGCUGCAGAAGCGCUGCAUUCAGCUGGAGUACCCCCUCCUGGCAGAGUACGACUUUCGCAACGACACGGUCAACCCCGACAUCAACAUAGACCUGAAGCCCACUGCUGUGCUGCGGCCCUACCAGGAAAAGAGUCUGCGCAAGAUGUUUGGAAAUGGACGCGCUCGCUCCGGGGUCAUUGUGCUGCCCUGCGGAGCUGGCAAAUCUCUGGUGGGUGUGACGGCGGCGUGCACGGUGCGUAAACGCUGCCUGGUGUUGGGUAACUCCUCGGUGUCAGUGGAGCAGUGGAAGUCUCAGUUCAAGAUGUGGUCCACUAUCGACGACUCCCAGAUCUGCCGCUUCACCUCCGACGCCAAGGACAAGCCCAUCGGCUGUUCUGUGGCCAUCAGCACCUACUCUAUGCUGGGCCACACCACCAAGCGCUCCUGGGAGGCUGAGAGGGUCAUGGAGUGGAUGCGGAGCCAGGAGUGGGGACUCAUUAUCCUGGAUGAGGUGCACACUAUCCCCGCCAAGAUGUUCCGUCGUGUUCUGACCAUCGUCCAGGCGCACUGCAAGCUGGGGCUCACUGCCACACUGGUCAGGGAAGAUGACAAGAUUGUGGACCUCAACUUCCUAAUCGGGCCAAAGCUGUACGAGGCCAACUGGAUGGAGUUGCAGAACAACGGCUACAUCGCCAAAGUCCAGUGUGCAGAAGUGUGGUGCCCGAUGUCUCCGGAGUUUUACAGAGAGUACGUGGCCAUCAAGACGAAGAAGCGCAUCCUGCUGUACACGAUGAACCCCAACAAGUUCCGUGCUUGCCAGUUUCUCAUUCGCUUUCACGAGCGGCGUAACGACAAGAUCAUCGUCUUUGCUGACAACGUGUUUGCCUUGAAGGAAUACGCCAUCCGCCUCAACAAGCCGUACAUCUACGGUCCGACCUCUCAGGGGGAGCGUAUGCAGAUUUUGCAGAACUUCAAACACAACCCCAAGAUCAACACCAUUUUCAUCUCCAAGGUUGGAGACACUUCAUUUGACUUGCCAGAAGCCAACGUCCUGAUCCAAAUCUCCUCCCAUGGUGGAUCACGCAGACAGGAGGCCCAGAGGCUUGGCAGAGUCUUACGAGCCAAAAAAGGGAUGGUAGCAGAGGAGUACAAUGCAUACUUCUAUUCACUGGUGUCCCAGGACACUCAGGAGAUGGCUUACUCCACCAAGAGGCAGAGGUUCCUGGUGGAUCAGGGAUACAGCUUUAAGGUCAUCACAAAGUUGGCAGGUAUGGAGGAAGAGGACCUGAUGUUCUCCUGCAGAGAGGACCAGCAGCAGCUGCUUCAGAAGGUCCUAGCUGCUUCCGAUCUGGAUGCCGAGGAGGAAGUGGUGGCGGGAGAGCUGGGCGGGAGACCACAGUUCUCAAGGCGAACAGGCACCAUGAGCUCCAUGUCGGGUGCAGACGACACCGUCUACAUGGAAUAUCAGAGUCGAGGCAGCAAAGCGGCCACACAAGCAAAGGGCGUUCAUCCGCUCUUCAAGCGCUUCAGAAAGUAGACGCGCUGACUGGAAACUUAACUCAGCUACAAGGCGGCAAUAGGAUGAAGUUAAAGAAAGCUAAGGAGCAAGUCACAAGCAGCAUGUUCGGAUAGUCCGGUUUUUGUCCUGGAGAACAGAGUAAAGCCUUGAAAUCAUCGGGCACUGAAUAUCAUCUGAAACUACUGACGAUGCACUGUACAUUGCUUUUCUGAUGAAGAGGCUGAAAUGACCUCCUCAUUUGGUUAAGCGUACGAUUCCCGCAGGGCUCCAUGUGGUAAAUGUGUGCGUGUCAGCUCCAGUUUCCUCAAACACCUACAUGCAUGACAUUUGCAGGUGAAAUGCAAACUCUCUGCAAAGUGUUGACAGCUGUUUAAAAAAAAAAAAAAAGGAAAAACAAUGUUGCUUCUAAGCUUGUCAUUUUUCUGGCUGUCUGAUCAUAGCCAAUUGUCUUUUGUUUAUGAAAUUCAAAUAAAUUCCACAAAACAUGAAGGCUUCAAAAUGCUAUUUGGAGUGCAUUUCAGCCACAAAUGUCCGUGCGGAGGA